AUGAACAUGCAGGGCACGGAGGCCGAGAUUGAGGUCACCCAAGCCUUGCACCCGUCGCUCGAUACAGACCUGGAGUUGCUGGAAGAGGUGCAGGAACCUCUGCAUCGUCCGCAGCCAAGCUGUCGAGUCCCUUGGCGUGUUGCGGGGGCCGCGGUUUUGGUGUUGGGCCUGGUGGCGUUGCCCAUGCUGCGCAGGAGUUCCGGCCACUCGUUCCUCGAUGGCGUCGGCGAGGACGCCUGGCACGCGCUGGAGGCUCAGCUGGAUGGAGAUCAGCUGCCCACCAUGCAGCUGGCGCACUUCAAUGAGGAGGCGGGCGACGUACUUUGCGUAGCGGACGUGGCGCAAGGCGUUGCCCGCAUCAUGGCACUUGGAGCUUUCAUCAAGGGCACCACCGUGGCGUGCGACUUCGACAGGAUCAAGCGGGUUCUGAAGCGGGGUGCGACUGAGGUGGAGCAGCAGAGGUGUGCGUCCCUCAUCUUCGGGGUCAUGUUCCAGGCAGAGCUGGGCAUGGGGGUGAUUGCCUCCUCCGUCUCCACUUGCUCCGGCUCUCUGAACGUGCCAGCAAACUGCGCCGCGAACAUCGGCGCCUUCACUGGUGCCCUCGGCGUCUUCAUGCAGUCCACUCUCGCCUACGACGCAAACUGCGUCAACAAGGGCGUCACGCCGCAGCAGAUCGUCUCUCGGGAGGAAGCCAAGUUGGAGCGGAGGAAGACGGAGCUGAUGCACGAGGCCACCAAGUGGCUGAAGAAUCGGGGCGCCGAUGUCUCGGUGCUUCCCUCCAAUCCCGCGGUCCCCAAGGAUGUGGUCUAUGGCGCCAUCAACCGCUGUGUGUUUCAGCUCGAUCUUGGAGCCACGUUCGUUAUGCGAGCUGGGAUCAUCUUGGGGGACAUGACCAUUCACUGCGCACCGGACGCUGAUGCGGGCCGUGUUUGUGCCAUUGACGUCACGGGCUUGAUUGCAGUCCUCAGUUUGAUCACUCGGUUCUUUGCGCUGGCAGCGAAUUCUUGCAUCAACAUUGUAGGGGACGCGGAUAGGGGUGCGGACUGUGUCGGCAUUGCGGCCGGCAUACCGGCCGGUGUUAUGGCGAUGACGUCGUCCGGCAUGAACUUGCAGGCGGCUUGUCAGAAAGCCUUCGACGACUGGGACCCCAACAACUGGCCCAAGAACGAGAAGUCCAUUGUCAAGGGCUCCGAAAAGUUGUCGGUGCCUGCGGAAGAUGGCAACACCAUCAUCGCUGAGCCAUAA